AUGAGCUCUUCGGACAAUACCCCCGAGUCUCCUCUCCUGGCAACUCACACUUACAUCGACCCCAAAACGCUCAUCGAUAGAAAAUCGUUAGAAAUACUGAGCAAUCUUUCCAAGAAAGCUGAAGCACGGGACCCAGACGCGCACGACCUUUACAUCUACAACGAUUUCUAUGGCUACGCGAUUCUUGAUCUUGUUGACAAGGCGCUCGCCACUCUCCAUACGAAAAUCGUCAAAAAAGAGUGGGACGAGGCGUAUCACCACCUCGAGGCCUUCGCUCACUUCCUCGACCGCGAAGACGCGUGGUUAAACGUCGAUGACGGUGAACGCGUCGAGCUCACCAACAGGGUCUUCGGCGCCUGUGUCAUCUCGAUCCUCCGCGCUCUGCGUACUUCUAACCCAGACCAACUCAACCCUAACAACUACCCUUCACUUGAGUCCCUUCUCCGCGCCAUCAGCAGCUUCGGCAAGGCCGUUCAGGGCUUGUUCUCGGACUCCACAUACCAUCUCACCACAAAGGCUAUCGGGCUCAGGCUCUUCGCGAAGAAAAGCGACGCUUUGAUCGAGCUUGAGAAGAAGAGGGCCGAGGCAUGGGUUCAAAGUCUUGACCUUCCGAAGGAAAGACGACUGGCGAGGGAGAUGAUGGGCCUACCUCAGCAGGAAGGCGAAGUGGUCGCUGAAGCUGAUGACGAGGAUGAGGAUGAGGACGAAGAAGAAGAAGAUGACGACAAACCUUGGUGGCAUGGUGCGAAACCCUUGCACGAGGACUAUGACGACAAAGACUACAAGUUGACAAGGGCGUGGAAAGAGUACAAGGAGUACUUGCAGGGUGUGCCGACUAAGCCUAUGAAAGGUCCGCCGCAGUGGGAUUUAACGAAGUGGAGCGCGGCACAGAAGGCGCAGUUUUCUCUGUCCCGUGGGAUGGACGAUGACGAUGACGACGAUAUGUUCUUCUGAAGUGGUCAAUGUUUCUUGGUGGGGACAAGCGUUCGUGUCCGAUAUGUUGGUGUGUUAACACGUAAUCUCUACUCCAUUUCUUGUUGUCAGCUAUCUGUACAUUAUUUGCUCUCU